GUCUCGGCAAUCGGUUGGCCAUGGAUCUGCUACUGGUAAUGGUACUUCUUUUCACAUUUAACUUGGCCAACUCGGAGGAUCUGAAGAUUACCUUUUGGGUAGAGCCCGUUCAGCGGGCUGAUUUCGAUGCGGAUAUGCUGGUGGUUCUGAAGGAACUGGACGCACUGCGUCUGGAUGUUAAAGUGGCCGAUACCUCCUUGACGCUGACCCGCUCCGAAGAUGGUCUGGACAUGGAGAGGUUCUGUGAAAUUCUGUCCACUGUCGGCACUAGCGCCGUGAUUGACCUCACCUACCGCCACUGGGAGGAAGGCUACAACCUAGUCCGAUCCCUGGGCAUUGGCUAUGUGCGUCUGGAGCGGAUCAUGCGGCCCUUUCUGGACAUGUUCGGUGACUUUAUGCGCCAGAAGCGGGCCAACAACGUGGCCAUGGUCUUCAUGAAUGCCCGCGACGCCGGCGAGGCCAUGCAGCAGAUGCUAAUCGGCUACCCCUUCCGCACGAUCAUCCUGGACGCCAGCCAGACCGAUCCUGGCCAGAAUUUCCUCGAACGCAUCCGCUCGCUGCGUCCGCCGCCCACUUAUGUGGCUUUAUUUGCUCGUGCAGCCGCCAUGAACGGAAUUUUCGACAAGGUGCAAAAGGCGGGACUGUUCCAGCGUCCUUUGGAGUGGCACUUCGUGUUCCUGGACACCCGGGAUCGGGUAUUCAAAUACAGACGACAAGCGGAACUCUGCACCCGGUUCACAUUGAGUCCUCGAGCGAUCUGCCGAUCGAUGCCCAUGCCGGAUCUUUAUUGUGGAAGCGGAUUCACGAUUCAGCGCGCCAUGCUGCUGAAUGUGCUGCGCAGCCUGAUCAACGCGGCGCAGGUGAGUCACCUGUACCCGUCGGCCAUUUACCGGGACUGCAAUGCCACGGCCUCCUCGUCGGAGGCGGGGGAUUCGCUGGAGGACGACUACAACUGGCUGGACAUGGUGCACUGGAGCAACUUCCUCACGUACGCCUCGCCGCCGCCACGCGUCCAGGAUCCCUCCCAGAGCCCGGUGCCGGGCCUGACCUUUGCGGUCAACAUAUCCGCCGGCUACUACAGCUCCGAGCACGAGGCCAAGACGGAUCUGGCCGCCUGGUCAUCGGUGGCCGAGAUGCGGCUGCUCAACGAGACGAUCAGUCCGGCCAAGCGUUUCUUUCGCAUCGGCACCGCCGAGAGCAUCCCGUGGAGCUAUCUGCGCCGGAACGAGCGCACUGGCGAACUGCUGCGUGAUCGCAGUGGUUCGCCCAUCUGGGAGGGCUACUGCAUCGACUUCAUCAUCCGGCUGUCGCAGAAGCUGAACUUCGAGUACGAGAUCGUGGCCCCCCAGGUGGGCCACAUGGGCGAGGUGAACGAGCGGGGUGAGUGGGACGGCGUGGUGGGGGAUCUGAUCCGCGGUGAGACGGACUUCGCCAUUGCGGCACUGAAGAUGUACUCGGAGCGGGAGGAGGUGAUCGACUUCCUGCCGCCGUACUACGAGCAGACGGGCAUCUCGAUAGCCAUCCGGAAGCCGGUGCGGCGCACCUCGCUGUUCAAGUUCAUGACCGUGCUGCGGGUGGAGGUCUGGCUGAGCAUUGUGGCCGCCCUGGUGGGCACGGCCAUAAUGAUUUGGUUCAUGGACAAAUACUCGCCGUACAGCUCGCGGAACAACCGGCAGGCCUAUCCGUAUGCCUGUCGGGAGUUUACGCUGCGUGAGAGCUUCUGGUUCGCCCUGACCUCCUUCACUCCGCAGGGUGGCGGCGAGGCUCCCAAGGCCAUUUCCGGCCGCAUGCUGGUGGCCGCCUAUUGGCUCUUUGUCGUCCUCAUGCUGGCCACCUUCACCGCCAAUCUGGCCGCCUUCCUCACCGUCGAGCGCAUGCAAACGCCCGUCCAGUCGCUGGAGCAGCUGGCCCGUCAGUCCAGGAUCAAUUACACCGUGGUCAAGGACUCGGAUACCCAUCAGUAUUUCGUCAACAUGAAGUUCGCCGAGGACACACUGUACCGGAUGUGGAAGGAGCUGGCGCUGAAUGCUAGCAAGGAUUUCAAGAAGUUCCGCAUCUGGGAUUAUCCGAUCAAGGAGCAGUACGGCCACAUCCUGCUGGCCAUCAACAGCUCUCAGCCGGUGGCCGAUGCCCGGGAGGGAUUCGCCAAUGUGGAUGCCCACGAGAAUGCCGACUAUGCCUUCAUCCAUGACUCGGCGGAGAUCAAGUACGAGAUCACCCGGAACUGCAAUCUCACCGAGGUGGGCGAGGUCUUUGCGGAGCAGCCAUAUGCCGUGGCCGUCCAGCAGGGCAGCCACCUGGGCGACGAGCUGAGCUACGCCAUCCUGGAGCUGCAGAAGGAUCGGUUCUUCGAGGAGCUGAAGGCCAAGUUCUGGAAUCAAUCGAACCUGCACAAUUGCCCGCUCUCGGAGGACCAGGAGGGCAUCACCCUGGAGAGCUUGGGCGGCGUCUUUAUUGCCACCUUGUUUGGCCUCAUCUUGGCCAUGAUGACGCUCGGCAUGGAGGUGAUGUACUACAAGAAGAAGCAGAACACCCUGGAGAUAACCCAAGUGCGUCCCGUGGGGGAAUCCUCAUCGUCCUCGACAGCUCCGCCGACCGCCACCAGCACCACGAAGCAGGCGUGGCACAUCCCCGUGCCGGAGGAUGAUGAGAAGCCGGAGAAGAAGGUGUCGCCGCCGCCCUCCUUCGAGGCAGCCACCUUCCGGGGCAAGAAGCUGCCGGCCAGGAUCACCCUGGGCGAUGGCAAGUUCAAGCCGCGGCAGGGACUCUACUCGAGGAGGAACCUGGGCGCCUCCGACUCCCAGGGGGGCUACAUGGAAUGAGGAGGUUUAUAUGGUGUUCGUCCUGUUCAGAAUCUUAUUGCUAAUGCACCUAGUCUUUAGAAAUAUGAGUAUUCAACAAUAAA